GACAGCACGUAGGAAACAGCUUUCUUGCCUGCCAGGGUCACUGCGUGGUGAAGGUACCGCUGGGAGCUUCUCCACAGCAGUGCCUCCAUGUUUCAGGGGGUGGGGUGGGGCGUGAGAUAGCUGGAACUAUGGCUCUAGCAGCAAAGGGUUAAUCGGAGCAUGAAUGUCAAACCCCCCCCCUUCCCUUCUGAAGUUUGACAUUCCCCAGCCAGGAAUUUUCCAGGCCUAAUUCAUCCUCCACCAGCAACCCUCUUUCCAGCCUUGGGGUCUUCUGGACUGAAGGCAGCGGCAUGAAAGAAAAGGGCCGAGAGAAGGAGAAAGGGGGAAAGGGUGAUACCAUGUCGGUUAUAUACAGUGAAGUCGCUGCAGACGAGCCUACGACCAACAGCUUUUGGAUGCCUGGGAACUGGAAUAGUCUAGUGGGUCGAGGAGAAAGAGGACACACUGUCUGCGACCAGAUUGUCGCGUGUUUCCAGGACAGGGCAAAGAUCGAGCGCAGUUAUGCUUUGCAGAUGGAGGAGUGGACUCGCAAGUGGCGGCCCCUCGUGGAUGCGAGUCCGUUGUACGGCUCCUUGCUCCGAGCCUGGCAAGCGUUCUUGGGAGCCUCCGAGCGGCUGAGCCGGCUCCACAUGGAGAUGCAGAGGGCGUUGGUCUCAGAGGAUGCUGCACGCAUCCGGUCCUGGCAGCACGAUUCCUAUCACCGCAAGCUGUUCGGGGGCUUCAAGGAGGCCUGUGAGCUGGAAAGCGGCUUCCAGAAGGCACAGAAACCCUGGACCAAGAAGCUGAAGAAGGUCGAGAAAGCCAAAUCUCUGUACCACAAGGCCUGUCGUAAAGAACACAUUGCAGCGCUACGGGAGAGCGGAGUUCAGGCCUCAGGGGGGCCUGAAGUGCCCCCAGAUCGGCAACGCACCCUGCGGGAAGAACAUCAGCGUUGCAGCCAGGAAGCCAACAAGGUUCGUGAGCGUUAUGAGAAAGCCCUGCAGGAGCUUGAUCGCUGCAGCCCUCGCUACAUGGAGGAGAUGGAAACGGUUUUCGAGCAGGGGCAAGCCCUGGAGCAGCGGCGCAUCAUCUUUCUCAAAGGGGCCUUCCUCGCCCUGCACCGGCGCCUUGAUGUCACUGCUGAAGCCAGCAUCCAAGCAGUUUAUGCUGACUUGCAACAAGCGAUCGAGGACAUAAACGACCAGGAGGACCUUAAAUGGUGGCGUAACCGACACGGUCCCGGGAUGCCCAUGAACUGGCCACGGUUUGAGGGUUGGAGCCCUGACCAGGAGCGGCCAACAGUGAAAAUCAAGAAAGCCAAAGAGCCUGAGAAAGCCAUUCUCCGCAGUGUCACCCCUUCCCAGAGCAGUGCAAAGUCAGCACCCGUCUCAGUGUCAGGACAGCGGGUCCGUGCUGUGUAUGACUAUGCUGGCCAGGAGGCAGAUGAGCUAAGCUUCAAGGCAGGAGAGCUGCUUACCAAGCUGGAAGACGAAGAUGAGCAAGGCUGGUGCAAGGGGGUGACAGACAGCGGGCACGUGGGGCUCUACCCUGCCAAUUACGUGGAACCCGUACAAGGCUAGCUAGAAGGGUUUGGGGAUCGUAGGAGGGGUCUGGCUGGGGGAGGGGGGGAAUCUCACACCCAUACACCCAUUUAGAAGGACUGUGUUUAUUCUGCAUUUCUGAGGUCACCCCACGUGAGCGCAGAACAGGGCAAUGUUCGGCAUCUUGAGAAUCCUUCGCUUUAUUUUUUUCCCUUAAGUUUCUAGUCCUUACGGCUGCAAGCUUAAUUUAGAAAAUGGCCAGGGAGAUCUCAGAAGCCCGGGUAGGCUGAGCUGAACCCAGCAGAAGGGGGUCGCUUUGCACAGCUUCUGGCCCCCUCCCUGUAUGUCUAGCUAUAGAAUUAAUUAUGCUCUUUUUGCAUAAUUUAUUCGGGGGGGCAGCAUUUGACUUUUUCGUGGCAAAGAGUAGCCCUGAUCAACAGGCAAAGA